GUGUGUGUGUGUGUGAGAGAGAGAGAGAGAGAGAGAGAGAGAGAGAGAGAGAGAGAGGAGAGAGAGAAUGAGUUUGGGUGCUCAUGUUUGUUAAAGGACAAGUUGUGAUAAUCACUUUUCUCCUUCCACUGUGUGAGGCCUGGGACUUGAACUCAGGUUGUUAGACGUAGCUACAGCUCAGUGGUAGAGCACUUAUGCACUUAUCCUGGAUGGAUCCUCUGCAGUGGGGUGGGGGGCAGUGAUGGGGUGGAAUAUUGAAAGUCUCUUCUACAUUAUCUUAGUCCUUCCUAUUCCUGGGAAGAAAUCUUGAUUUUUUUAUACACAUGCUUGCUUUGUUAUUACAUAAAGUUUUCAAAACCCGGGUGUAGUCAUACCAGGCGUACCCCGCUGCCACUUGCUUUUUUCCUCCCUAUAUACUUUGGACACAUUUCUCACCAUUUUAUGAAGAUCUCUCUCCACUGCUGGCUGAGAUCAAGCCCACCAUCCUGCAGAUGGUAGCCAGGAGCUCUAGAGCAGAGCUGUGCCGUGAGAGGUGGUUUCCUUUUACUCUCUCAUGCUUCAUUUAGUCUUUUUGAUGGACUUUUAGAUUGUUGAUAACUUUUUCCUACAUACAAAUAAAUAUGGUAUCAUAUAACUAAUAUAUAAUGUAUAUCUGUCUAUUGCUGAGUUCCCUCUCUGGAAUGUAUGUCAGUUCCAUAGGAGCAAUAAUCUUAACUACUUUCAACACCACCUUUCAUGAAAGAAUUCUCAAAAUGCAAAUAAUGUUCUGUUGAAUGUUAUUUAUUUCAGGAAGGUCAUGCAUUUGUUGCAGUGCCUGGGUGGAGGUCGGAGGAAAACUUGAGGGGAUCUUUCUCCGUCUCCUCUGUAGGUCCCAGAGAUCCAAUUCAGGUUAUCAGAAAAUGUUGUUAGCGCAAAUAAAUCGGGAUUCUCAAGGAAUGACAGAAUUUCCUGGAGGAGGAAUGGAGGCUCAGCAUGUUACCCUAUGCCUGACAGAGGCAGUAACCGUGGCAGAUGGUGACAAUUUAGAGAAUAUGGAAGGUGUGAGUUUGCAAGCUGUAACACUUGCAGAUGGCUCUACUGCUUACAUACAGCACAACUCUAAAGAUGGGAGACUCAUUGAUGGCCAGGUCAUUCAGUUGGAAGAUGGUUCUGCUGCCUAUGUUCAACAUGUCCCUAUACCUAAAAGUAGGGACAGUUUGCGGCUGGAAGAUGGGCAAGCCGUGCAGCUAGAAGACGGAACGACUGCGUUUAUCCACCAUACUUCUAAAGAUAGUUAUGACCAGAGCUCACUUCAGGCAGUUCAACUGGAAGAUGGCACAACAGCUUACAUCCACCAUGCAGUGCAAGUCCCACAGUCUGAUACCAUCUUGGCAAUUCAGGCUGAUGGGACAGUGGCAGGCCUGCACACUGGGGAUGCCACAAUUGAUCCAGAUACCAUUAGUGCUUUGGAGCAGUAUGCAGCAAAGGUGUCCAUUGAUGGGAGUGAAAGUGUAACAAGUUCAGGACUGAUUGGAGAAAACGAGCAAGAGAAAAAAAUGCAGAUUGUCUUACAAGGACAUGCUACAAGAGUAACUCCUAAAUCUCAGCAGAGUGGAGAGAAGGCAUUUCGGUGUAAAUACGAUGGAUGUGGAAAACUCUAACCAACGGCCCAUCAUCUUAAGGUCCAUGAGCGCUCACACACGGGAGAACGGCCUUAUCAGUGUGAGCAUUCAGCUGUGGGAAAAGCAUUUGCGACAGGUUAUGGAUUAAAAAGUCAUUUCAGAACUCAUACUGGAGAAAAGCCAUAUCGGUGUUCAGAAGAUAAUUGUACAAAAUCUUUCAAAACUUCAGGAGAUCUACAGAAGCACAUCAGAACCCACACAGGAGAAAGACCCUUUAAGUGUCCUAUUGAAGGCUGUGGUCGGUCCUUUACAACAUCAAAUAUCAGAAAAGUGCACAUCAGGACACACACAGGAGAAAGACCUUACUACCUCUGCACAGAACCAGGAUGUGGGAGGGCAUUUGCUAGCGCGACUAAUUAAAACCAUGUGAGGAUACACACAGGAGAAAAGCCAUAUGUCUGUACAGUUCCUGGUUGUGACAAAAGGUUUACAGAAUAUUCCAGUUUGUAUAAACACCAUGUCGUUCAUACUCACUCGAAACCAUACAACUGUAACCACUGUGGGAAGACAUACAAACAGAUCUCCACGCUGGCUAUGCACAAACGGACAGCUCACAACGACACAGAGCCCAUUGAGGAGGAGCAGGAAGCCUUCUUCGAGCCUCCCCCAGGUCAAGGUGAUGAUGUUCUUAAAGGGUCCCAGAUUACAUAUGUUACAGGUGUAGAAGGAGAGGACAUUGUAUCUACACAGGUAGCCACAGUAACCCAGUCUGGGUUGAGUCAGCAAGUUACACUUAUAUCCCAGGAUGGGACUCAACAUGUUAACAUAUCUCAAGCUGACAUGCAGGCCAUUGGCAAUACCAUCACCAUGGUAACACAGGAUGGCACACCCAUCACGGUCCCUACUCAUGAUGCAGUCAUCUCCUCAGCAGGAACUCACUCUGUUGCUAUGGUCACCGCCGAGGGCACAGAAGGGCAGCAGGUUGCAAUUGUGGCUCAAGAUCUGGCAGCAUUCCAUACAGCCUCUUCAGAAAUGGGACACCAACAGCAUAGCCACCAUUUAGUAACCACAGAAACCAGACCUCUGACCUUAGUGGCAACAUCCAAUGGCACCCAGAUUGCAGUUCAGCUUGGAGAACAGCCAUCUCUGGAAGAAGCCAUCAGGAUAGCAUCUAGGAUCCAACAAGGAGAAACACCAGGGUUGGAUGAUUAAUAUCAGAACCACAGAGCAAUAAAGCAGGAGGAAGGAGCCUUUCGUCUUCUGGCUGCAGAAAUCCCCGAGGCCUGGCUCAGCAGAGCAGAAGUUCCAUUCCUGAAGCACUGUACACAUUUUUAUGCAAGAGUGGAGAACAUUUUCUUCUUGACACUUUUGUGUGCAUAGCCCCUGGAAUAAAUUCCCAAAGUGAUUGAUUGUGUACAAGGAAGUGGGACAGGAGGGCGCUGCAGCAAUUCUUCCGUCACUUACCACACAGCAGACGGCUGGGCCCACCCACAAGACCAUCCAGGUCUAUACAGAGUCGAGAUGAGAUUUUAACUUACUGUGAAAAAAAAAAAAUAAAGGCUGUAUCUAAUGUGCCGAAGGUUCUACAUGUCAAACAAUCAUAACUUCAAAGCCAUCACAGGAAAUAAAGGAUGCAAGCCUUCAGAUGUUCCUCCAGUCAGUGUCUGGAUUCUUUGUCCCACUGCACACCCAUUUCAUUCCGAGAGUCGAAGACCUCAUCUAUAGUGUCCCACCCUGUUAAAUAACACUUCUUCAAACUAAAAUACCAAUUAUUUUGGCAUUACAUUGGAUUGUUUAUAAAAUUUAAAAGUUUGGUUGUUUUAAAGUAAAGCAUUAAGUCCAGUGUUUGAAGCUAGGCAUUGUAGCCUGUGCCUAUAAUCCCAGUGUUGAGGAAGUUGAGUCAGGAUUACCGUAAACUUGAGAGUGACCUGGGCUAUGUGGUGAAUUCCAGGCCGUUCUGGACUACAGAGUAAAUAUUUCCUCAAAAACAAAGAAAUCAGUGCUGGGCUUGUUAAAGUUCUACUCAGGCUCCUCAGUUUUUCUACUGUUUUUUAUGAUAAUCAACAUGAGAAUUUCCCACCGGUCUGUCAUAGGCUUAGAGUCCUACUGCUGAGGAUGGAUUUACUGAAAGAAACUGGGUUAGUGAGUUGUGUAAAAUUAUUUAUUUUUGCUCUUAAGCUUUUGUUUCAAAGCUUAUUUAACCUAAAGUUUAUUAUUAUUGAUUUUGAAUACAGCAGUUUUUAAAACAA